AUGGAUGUCCCCGAUAACAGCUACGGCCAGUACCUCGGCCUCACAAACCAAACCCUACACAACGAAGCAUCAGACAACGUCUUAGCUAUCGAGCUCGACACCACCAAACAACCCUACGAUAUUGAUAAUAAUCACAUCGGCCUCAACAUCAAUUCCAUCGUAUCUGUCGUUUCCAUACCGUUAACUCCCUUAAACAUCACUCUUGCUCCCAAAACGCCGUCGUUUCACAACGUCUGGAUUCGAUACAACGGAAAUGAAAAAGUCAUACGUGUUUACAUUGCAGAACAGCCGGGAAAAACCUCACCCACGCCUCCCAUGCCGCAAACUCCGGUCAUUGAACAUCCGCUACAUCUUAGAAAAGCAGUUAGCAGCGAAUCCUACAUCGGAUUCGCGGCAUCCACGGGAACCUUAGUGGAGCUAAACUCUGUGUUGCAAUGGAACAUCACAGUUGAGUACAUCAUCAGUACCGGCUCUAAAAGUCCAUUAUCAAUGAUCUUGAUCGCCGUUGUGGUGUUGGCGCUGGUGGCUUUAGAGGGUUAUCUUUGCUACCGGUUGUAUAAGAAGUGGUUGGUGGACCGGUCGCAGUCGAAUAUAUUGAGCUGGCUCAGGACGCUGCCCGGAAUGCCGAAGGAGUUCCGGUUCCGGGAGUUAAAGAAAGCAACGAAUAAUUUUAAUGAGAGGAGGAAGCUCGGGCAGGGCGGAUACGGGGUCGUUUACCGGGGCGUUUUGCCGGAGGAUAAUGUUGAGGUGGCUGUCAAGUGGUUUUCGCGGGAGAGUUUGAAGGGGGAAGACGACUUUUUGGCAGAGCUUACGAUCAUUAAUCGUUUACGGCAUAAACAUCUUGUUCGUUUACUCGGUAACCAUUUCUUACAACCAAACUUUAAAAUUAUAAGGCUAUUGGGUGUGGGAUAA